AGCUGAUGGACAGAUAAGUCACUUGUCAACCACUACAGACAGCAAACAGGUGGUGAUGAACGUUUGCUAUGUUGUGACGUUUACGCUACGCUAUUUUAGUCCUACAUUAUGAGAUUAGGGAUACCCCUCGUAAAACUAAAGAGCAUGGAGUCACUCAUAAGCCGUACAUGAUGCUACUGAUUUGCUCCAGAGGUAUCCACACCCCCUGAGACAACCUGACGAAAAGGAAACACUCCGCCUAAUUUCCAUGGUAACAAACAUCCUACUUACGUACAGGAUAUAGCUAUCAGCUGGUUACUAUUAAGGGAGGAAGUUCCCUAAACUGGUCCCUGGUUUCUCUUUGUCCUAUUGCUCUUUUGGAUCCUUACUUCCCGUCGUUUGCUUCCUUUGUUUUGACGCGCCUCCAGCUGGUAUCGAUGUGCAAGCUUUUACAAUCAUCAUCCCCUUCAAAUUACAUGGAUAUACCAUCUUUUACCUUGCUUCAAGUACCAGUGUUUCUUGGGUAAAACACAGGACGAUGCCGUUACUCUCAAUUACAUGUAUUAUACUUUCCGCGCCCACUACGUAUAUUCAAAGUGAAUAUCGUUUAUGACCUAAACCUUCACGCAUACACCUUCCCUCCCUAGCGCUACUUCUCCGCAGGUACAGCGAACCUCCCCCGCUCAGGUAAUCCGCGGUCAGGAAAUUAAACGCUAACUGGAUGCGCUAUUACCGCUAUCCUUAUAUCAAGGACGUACAACAGGCCCUCCACUAUUACGCCUUACCCUACGUCCUUGGCCAGAUCAUAUAUCGAUUUUCUGGCGAUCCUGUCACCUAGGGUAGUACAUGCAAAAUGCUUUCUAUGAGCUACGUUCAGUGUUAGAUUUUUCUUCACCAAUGUUUUCGCAGUUUGAAAUAUGAAUACUGUAAACAGCAAAUUCAAGCAACUGUAGGGAGUACGAGAAGGAAAGUAGGGGAGAAUAUAUAAUAGCUGACUGAAAAAGAAAGAAAAAAAAACAACAACAAAACAAUCCGAACAACAACAAUAAUGAAGGGAGACAACAUCGACGCAUGUUUUUAUUUUCUUCCCCUGGUCCAUCAGCAUCAUCAGGAGAGGAUCUUUCACAGCACGGCGCGGCACAUCUUCCUACACAGCCGCGGCGCCAGAGAGCACUAUCCCCGCAACCAAGCACCGAGCCGUACCGCAUGUAUAUAAAACAACUCCGGUGACGCCACACUUAAACUACUAUUUUGUGGGAGUUUUAAUUCUGUGGCCUCGUGUUUACGUCACUGCUUGUUUCGCACAUCCAAGCUGGGCUGAUGGAUCAUGGGGCGGCUAAUUUUAGUAACCGACAGCCUAUUUUUACACUUCCUGGCUAAAUUUAGCGGCGGCGGGCGCAAAAAUAGCUGCGGCGGGGUGUCCAUGGCGACCGCGUAUUGACGUCAGGGCGGGUACUCCCAUAUAUGGUUGUGUGCAUUCGUAAUGAGGGGUUUUCCUAGUCGCCGGCGUGGAUGGGCUCAGGGCCUCGCGCGGGAGUUUCCCCACAUUACAUUGCUGCGGCACCAUGACUACCACGGGUAGAGUGUCUGGCGCCCUCGCUACUGGUUGCCCGUACCCGGGGCUCACCGGCCACAUCGCUCCAUUCACGCUCAACGGGAUGUUCCGCGACCAGAGCGCUUACAGCGAUGUGCCGGCACCAGCUGAGACGGCGGAGGGCCGUCAGUGGCAGGGAAGGUGUGCGGGGGAGGGCAGGCCCUCGUCCGCCGAUCGCCAGGAACGCCGCGGCGCCGGGACAUCCAGGCCGUUCAGAUCCACGAAGGGAGCCUCCAAGCAGCGGCGGGACCUGAUCAAUGCCGAGAUCAGCCUCCUGCGCGGGCACCUCCCCCUGGCCGAGCCUGUCCGGGCCCGCCUGUCCUACCUGCAGGUCAUGUCGCUCACUUGUGUCUACAUGCGCAAGUGCAACUACUUCUCCAGAGAAGUCCCAGAGAGCCAGUCGUUCUUGCCAGGGCAACCAGAAGUGUCCCACGCUGCGCUGCAGGGUCUGCACGGUUUCCUCCUGGUCACCACGCGGGAAGGGAAGAUGCUGUACAUCUCUGAGAACGUCACUGAGCAUCUUGGACACUCCAUGGUUGACUUGUUGAGUCAGGGCGACUCUGUGUAUGACAUAAUUGACCCAGCUGAUCACCUGACUGUCCAGAACAACAUUCUGCAGACACCCUUCACCACUACAGGUCCUACAGUGCAAUCCUCAGAACGUUCAUUUUUCUGUCGGAUGAAGACCUCACGGACCAUGCGCCGCCAAACCAACUAUGGGGACAACAAGAUCGUACAUGUUCGAGGGCACUUCCAGGUGUCGCCAGCAGGAUGGAUCCCAAACCCCAUCUUUGUGUCCAUCUGCCUGCCCAUUGACGUGCCCUCCAGCUUUGGUGACCUUCCUCCAAACUUUAACACCAACACCUUCCACUCUGUUCAUGGUCUGGAUAUGAAGUUCAAGGAAGUUUCCGACAGCCUUCAGUUCCUGCUGGGGUUUGAAGGAACAGCACUCAAAGGACAGUCCUGGUACAGCAUGCUGCACCCAGACUUUCUUCAGUUGGCAGGACAGCAGCACAAGCAUUUACUGGACCAGAGCCGAGACAGUGGGACCAUGUUUGUUGCUCGUAUGAACACCACAGGAGGGGACUGGACCUGGGUGCAUGUCCUGAUGCAGCUGCGAGCCCUGGACGUCAACUCCGAGGAACUCUCCAUCAUCUGCAUGAACACUGUGAUCAGCGAGGACGAAGUUUCCCUCUAUGAGGCACAAUGUCGCUCCUUCUCCCAGUUCACAUCCUCUCUCCAGCACCAGGAAGACCCUUUGCAGACCCUCCAUCCUCUCAAGGUUACCCCUGCCUCCCCAUCAGAGCCCAGCCCAUCCUGGUACAGCCAGCCACCCUACAGCAGCCACAGUCUCAGCUCAGAGUUCAGUUUCGAGUCCCCUGAUGACAUCUCUGGCAUCUCCAGUCUGGGGUUUGACUACCCUGACCGCAGCCAGCCCACCACAAUGGCCAGUGGCUUCCCAAGAAUGGAGAGACAGGACGUGACGCCACGCUCACUCAAGCGUCAGCUGUCCGAGGAGCUACCACUGAAACAUGAGCCAAAGUCUCCAAGGAUGUGCCAGUAUGGCGACACCAGCAAGCAGAAGCAGCCUUCUGGCACCACCACCACUACCAUGGAGUUCCUGAUGGGCAUCCUCCCUACCCCUACUGAACACCAGAUGACCUCUCCAUCCUUCCAGAGCGGAUUCAAUUGGCCAUCUCCCACCAUCCCAUCCUUUGCCUCCUUGAUGGCAUCCCACACCAGUCCAUCAUCCCUAAAUUUCCCACAGUCAACCUCCCCUUUCUCCCCAAACAGACCCUCCCUGCCUGGAUUUUUCCCUGACACUCAGACCACCACAGAAAGUUCCCUGUCACCUGGUCUGGCCACCGGCAGGCUGUGCAUCCCCACACCACUCCAGCUCCCACCACACAAGCCCUCAGCAACCACCAGCAGACCUACUACCCAAACAGAGUUGGAGGAUGCAGAAGACUCAGGGAGUAAACUGUUGCCACAGUGGAUCCAAAACAUGCCCCCAACUCCAGACACACCAACCAGCCAUUCCUGCCACGUGCUCCUGGAUAAUGAUUGUCCCCACGUAAAAACAGAUGGCUUGCCGAUCCCAGAGUGUGUCCUGACUCCAGACUCGACCAGCACAUCUCCACAAAGUUUCAACGACUUUUCUGACGAUGAGGUGUCAAUGACGUUCACUUUUGACAGUCCAGAUAAAGACAAAGACUCAAAAAGUAACCUCCUCUCCAAACUUGGACACUGUUCCAAGGAGGAGGAUGUGUCUGAGGACAGUCAGUUAUACUACAGCAAACACCAGGCUAUGAUGAGCAAUCAGGACUCGUCUGUUGUUGCUCCUACCAGCGACCUCCCAGAAAAGCUACCACUGAAGAUGGAGACACCUUUGGAUGCUGUCACAUGGAACGACAUUGAAAAUACUGUCACAAACCUUGUCAAGGCAAUGGACCCCAACAUGCUCCAGACCAUCUACACUGCCGUGGACAUGAGCAGCCUAUCACCCAUCCAGGAAGAUGAGCUGGACUCCUCUGCCAAAGACAAGGAGUCUGCAGCGAGGAACCCCCCAAGUGAAUCCUCCGCCACACAAAACUGGCAUCCUGCCCCACAUAGACGAGAGCAUGAAAGCCCGCGUGCUCGUGUCCCGUCCAUGAGCGAUCUGUCACGGUUGCAGGCAGCAGCCUCCAUGCCUGAUGACACCAGCUUCUUUGAGGAGUUGUUGGAAGGUACAAUACCCCACAUAGACAAGACAACACAGGACCAACAGUUCCAUCGCAGAGGGGGAAGCAACAAUUCCAGCCACCACUAUGAUGACAAGGAUUCCAAGUGAUGAAGAGUUCCAGUGUAAAGGAACAACUGCAUUGUCCUGCUGGUCAGGCCCACUAUCACCACAAACAUGGCUGGACCAUGUGGAUCAAUCACAGUACUGUGAUCUUCAAUGUCAUUGUGCUUAACAAAUGAUUUUGCAUUAUUGAGUAUACAGAUGCUAUGUUAGGGAUUAGAUUUUCUUUAGAUGUUUAUUAUGUUGGUACAAGUUGAUGUUUUGCUGGUAGUGUUACAUAUUGAAAGGCAUCAUUGCUAGCACCACAUGUGACCUACAUAAAGAAGUCACCACAUAGAGCCAACACAGAAGACCAUAGCAGGACUCAUAGCCACCAUGGCUAAUUGCACUAACCAAGUCAAACUCAAUGGGUGCUACAGCACACAACAGAAAAGUUAUCAAACAAAUCUCUGUUGAAUAUGUACAUUUUCACAUUUGAAUUCUUAAAAACAAAGAAAUCAAUUCUAGUCCUCUCAGUCACUUGAGUGCUACAGGUUGAAUACAGUUUCUGCUUAGAAACAUAAAUUCAGGGUACAUACAGAUUUUUGCAUAUGUGUUAAAGUAGCACUUUUAUUAAGCGAUUGGAAUGAUGUAUACCCUCGGGUCGUGACUUCUGUGAUACUUCCUGUGAUAAGGGAACGUGUGUUGUACUGUUGUUUGCAUUCCAAGUAUGUCAUUGUGCUGUUUCUUUUGUACAAAAUUUCAGAUUCUAUGAUAUGUUUUGGGCAGAGCCUAAUGAUGAUUACCUAAUGAUGAUUAGUUGAAAAUUAGAAACUUUACUUUGGGCUGGGUCCCAUUGGCUAGCUAUAUUUUGCACUUGUCGAGGUUAACCUUGUGGGGAUCAAAUAUCGCUGCAUAGAAUGCUGUAUCUACUGGUUUGCAACAUAUGAAAGAAAGGACGUCACAGGUCAAGACUACCAAAUGUUAGUCAACGUCCAUCUACAGCUCAAAAUCCCUCCAGGGUUGACAUUGAUAUGUGCAUUACAGACAUCUUGUAUAGAUACAACAUUUCUAUUGUCUGUGCAGUCUUGUAUAAUGUGUAUGAUGUAAUCAUGAGAUGGAAUAGAAUUAUACACCUUAAGCUGUAUAGAAAAAAUGGAUGUUUCAGUACAUGUAAGUAUCUGUGAAGCAAAAUUUAAUAUAUUUUGAUACCAAAUCUUCAAUACCUUCCAAAGGUUAUUUUGUGUAUGUGAUAAUCUCAUGGUGCUGUGAUGGGACACUAGUAUUUUGUGACAGUGAGGCCAAACAAGCAGAAUUUGCUGUAUGAUAUGCCAUGACAAGGAUUUUGGUUGGCCAAAAUAUCAAUUAUUUCUGUAGACAGUCUAGAAGUGAGCUCUGACAAGGCAAGGUUCAUGACUCGAAGAGCCAGCAUGGUGAAUUUUAUCAUGUAGAUAAAUUAGGUUGAGACAGACUACAUCAAUUGUUUCUCUCAGCUUUUAUACAUAUAACAUGCCAUAUUUCUUUUGGCCUGUUUUUGUCAUUUUUUUUACCAUUUGUGUAAGGACCAAGAAAUGUAAUUGGUCCAUCCAUGUCAAAACAUCAUGGCAAUGUUAGAUCUCAAGCUUGUUGCCUAUGGGGCCAGGAUAUUUGACUUAUGAUGUGAAGCAAAGUUGUAAAAGAUACAAAGUACAAAGUGAAAAAAAAGCCACUGACAUGACUUAGGAAGUUCUUACCAGUAUUUGAAGUUAGCAAGACUUUGGUACAAACUACACAAGACAGUACUGACUAGUGGUGAAUAUUGUUAUACUGAAGACAUUUGUACAUUUGUAAGGCUAAACGUGCUGGUAUGCCCUGUGUUACAGUAAGGGCUGUAGAGUCUCCAACUUACUGAGAAACCAGCAAGCCUGGUUCCUACCAUGACAGGCUAACAACAUACAUUCCAGACUUCUGUACAAUCUCUACAUGGAAGAAAUAAAACUUGUCAACUUGGUA